AAAAUUUUUUAACCCAUUCAAUCACAAAUUAACAAUUUUUGCAAAUACAGAAAUAUAUAACUUAAUAUAUUUCUUUUUUAGCCCCCAUUUCUUCUUCCUCACCGCUGCGUCGCCUCAACCAAGUCUGCUGCUGCUUCUCCUUCUCUAUUCCCUCUUUCAAUCCAUAUAUAAAUGAUUGGCUGUGAGGUGGAAAAUCAACAGGAUUAGGAGGACACUCUUUUGUCUUAAAGAUGGCUUCCGUGGGCAUGGUGCCUACUUCUGGUUUAAGAGAAUCUAGUACUGCCGGUGUUGAGAAGUUACCUGAGGAGAUGAACGACAUGAAAAUCCGAGAUGACAAAGAAAUGGAAGCAACAGUAGUGGACGGCAACGGGACUGAGACAGGGCAUAUAAUUGUGACAACUAUUGGUGGUAGAAAUGGGCAGCCAAAACAGACGAUAAGUUACAUGGCUGAACGUGUGGUUGGACAUGGAUCAUUUGGAGUUGUCUUCCAGGCAAAGUGCUUGGAGACGGGUGAAACUGUUGCUAUAAAGAAGGUUCUUCAAGAUAAGAGGUACAAGAACCGUGAGCUGCAAACAAUGCGACUUCUUGACCACCCAAAUGUUGUGGCUUUGAAACAUUGCUUUUUUUCAACAACUGAGAAGGAUGAACUUUACCUUAAUUUGGUACUUGAGUAUGUACCUGAAACUGUUCAUCGUGUAAUCAAGCACUAUAACAAGUUGAACCAAAGGAUGCCGUUGGUAUAUGUUAAGCUUUAUACAUACCAGAUAUUUAGAGCUUUGUCUUACAUCCACCGCAGCAUUGGUGUGUGUCAUCGGGACAUCAAACCGCAAAACCUUUUGGUAAAUCCGCAUACUCAUCAAGUUAAACUGUGUGAUUUUGGAAGUGCGAAAGUUUUGGUGAAAGGGGAACCAAAUAUAUCCUACAUCUGCUCAAGGUAUUAUAGAGCACCUGAGCUAAUAUUUGGAGCAACCGAGUACACUACAGCUAUUGACAUCUGGUCUGCUGGUUGUGUCCUUGCUGAAAUGUUACUUGGACAGCCUUUGUUUCCUGGUGAGAGUGGGGUCGACCAGCUUGUUGAGAUUAUUAAGGUCUUGGGCACUCCAACCCGAGAAGAAAUUAAGUGCAUGAAUCCUAAUUAUACAGAGUUCAAAUUCCCUCAGAUUAAGGCUCACCCAUGGCACAAGAUAUUCCAUAGGCGUAUGCCUCCUGAAGCUGUUGAUUUGGUGUCAAGAUUACUCCAAUACUCCCCGAAUCUCCGAUGUUCUGCUCUAGAUGCCUUGAUCCAUCCUUUCUUUGACGAGUUGCGUGAUCCAAAUGCCCGCUUGCCAAACGGCCGUUUCUUGCCGCCAUUGUUUAACUUCAAACCUCAUGAACUGAAAGGCGUUCCGGAGGAGAUAACAGCGAAACUGAUACCGGAGCAUGCAAGAAAGCAAUGUCCAUCACUUGGAUUGUGAUUUUGAUGUGUAACUCAACUAGUAGCAAAAGUGGAUUAUCAUUAUGGAAGCUUUUAUGGUGUUUGUUGUUGAUCUAUGCCCCAGUUUUUUGUUCUUGUUGCAUGCAUGUGUUGUUGUUGUUUAUGUAAAAGCAGAUUUUAGACAUAAAAAUCGUCCAUCCCACUGUCUUCUAUAUAUUUCUUUCAAGAUUUGUAACAUCAUCAUGGAGACCAACUUAUGUUCUACUCUCAUAUAUGUUAUUGUAUGUAAUGUAAUUGUCGAGACCCUAGUAGUGAAGGAAACAUCAGUGUUUAGUUUA